CGACCACCACCUGCUCGACCAUCCUCCGCCCUGCCACACGCGUCGCCAUGGCCGGCGCCGGCGCGCCGCCGCGCGGGUCCGACGUGGACUUCGCCGACGUCUUCGGCGGCCCGCCCCGCCGUUCCUCCGGGAGCGAGCGCGUGCGGCGCUCCUCGCUGGACUCGUCCGCGUCGAGGGCGCGAAGCGGGGCCGAGGAGAGGCCCGUGUUCGGGGACCGGACCAGCUCCGGCUCGGCCUCCAGGGCGCGCAGCGGGGCGGAGAGCGGGCUCGGUGACAGGCCCGUGUUCGGGGAGCGCACCAGCUCCGAACGGAGGCAGCUCGGGCAGGAGUUCUACAGGGACAUAUUCCCGGGCGGUGAGCCCAUGUCCCCCAGGCGGGGCGGCUCCUCCGGCGAUCGGGACGUGUUUGGCGCGCCGGCGUCGCCCGGGCCCACGACCCCGGGCCGCCUGCGGUCGAGCUUCUCCAUGAAGUUCAGCAGAGGUGUGGACAAUUCGGUGCCUACUUCUCCAUCCCGCCAUAUAUCCAACAAAAAUGAUGAUGACACGCCUUAUGCUUACAGUGUUCCAGCUUCACCGAAUUCAUCCACAAGCAGUUUUCUUGCCCAAGGGGCAUCGCAGCAGGAUUCAAAGAAGAAUACCUUUUCAUGGCAUCGAUAUCCUUUCCUUUCCCGGUUCCGUUCUCAAAGUGGAGAUAAGAAGGACACUUCUCAAUAUGAUAACUCUAUGGCCAGUGAAUGUGAAUGGACUCCUGUUGGCUCAGAAAGCUUCACCAACAGUAACAAGUUCCAUUUUUCAUUCUAUAAGUGGGCUGGUAAAGGAGCUUUGUUGAUGUUGCCAGCUAGUGUUCAAGAAAAAGAUGGGAAUAUUAUUGGAGUUAGAAGCUUCCCUCAAGUUGUUGUGCAAGGCAUUGACCUAAUCGAUGAGGAAGAAAGCAUGUCAACCGCCACGGCUGCAUCAAAAAGUCAGACUGACUAUGAAGAUUACAAGUCUGGGAAGGAUGAGUUGUUUGAAAGAAAACAUAGUAUAAACUCAACAACCAAGGAUGAAGCUAUUUCUUUAGUCUUUGAUGAGUACAUGCAGGGUGCUAAAACCAAAGAAACAGGAACAAAGUCUGGUACCAGUAAUGCGAAGAGCAAUGUAUCAGCAGCUAGCCCUAGGACACAACGUUCACGACCACCUUCAGGAGAGAAAAGUCGUGGCACCAGAGUGCUGAAGGAUUUCAUCAAAAUAUUUAGUCCUGAGAGCUCACCAAAACGAAAAGGAGCACCUGAAGCUCAAGAUCAGAUAUUCAGUGGAAAAAAUGGAAGCAAAUGUGGAGUUGAAGAUAAAUUUAGCAUAUCUGGUUUGGAGGCUGAUGAGGAUAUUAAGACAGAUAGAACAAGCAAUCGGAAUGCAUUUUCUGCUGCACCUUCUCAAAUGAGUGAAGUACAAUCUAAGACGGAGAAACCGGUCCUUACAGUGGAUAAUGAAAUGCACACAAGAACAGGCAAACCCGCAGGAAAGGAAGAUGUUAAACCACCAUCUCCUGAUGAGUCGAUCCAUGUUGAAACAGAAGAAAAAGUGUGUGACACAAUAGGUCAUGAAGAGAGUCACAUGGAAGAUCUUGAAGGAUGUGUGGUUGAACAGUUCGACGAAGGUCAGAUUCUUCAAGAUGACAAGGAAAAGGAGCAAAUAAAGAUAUCUGAAUCCAAAAUCCGGGAAUGGUCACGGGGAAAAGAAGGAAACAUUCGGUCAUUGCUUUCCACACUGCAACUUGUUCUCUGGCCUGAGAGUGGAUGGAAACCAGUUCCAUUGGUUAACAUAAUUGAAGCAGCUGGGGUUAAGAAAGCUUAUCAGAAGGCAUUGUUAUGUCUUCAUCCAGAUAAGUUGCAACAGCGGGGAGCUGCUGUGCAUCAAAAGUACAUAGCAGAAAAGGUUUUUGACAUUCUACAGGAGGCAUGGAAGGAGUUCAAUUCAGUCAGUUUUGGAUAGUAUUUCAUAGCUUUUACAUUGGUUUGGUUCCACCAUACUUUCUGGGGACAUGGUGCUUCCUGUCCAGCUUGUCUAAACUGUCUCCAGCAGUGCCAAAAUGAAGAUGGAUAAGCUUAACUAAGAUAUUUGUGUAUGGGUAGCCAUGGUACGACGACAUUUUUUUAAGAUGAUGAACCGUGCUCUAUGAUUUUGUUUUCGUGUA